AUGUUUUAUCUCUGGCAGGAGACGUUGGCUAGAAAACCACUGUGGAGACUUGUGUCGACACAACUUACUCACACAUUCCUGAGUUGGUCGUGAUGGAGUCUGCUAUUGGUGUGUUGGUGACCCAGUUCAAGGCGUACGCUGGCAGUGAUGGUUCGUCUGACACACUGAGCCGAGACGAGUUCUGCAAACUGCUCAAAUCAGAGCUCUCUAACUUUGUUAAGGACGCUGCUGACCCUGCUGUUGUUGACCAACUUAUGAGUUCAUUGGACAAGAACAAUGAUGGGGAGCUAAAUUUCCUGGAGUUCUGGCACCUGAUUGGGCAUCUUGCGAGUAAGCAUGGGGGCUUCAGCCAAUAGCGCGUCCUCAGAUGAUCUCUUGCCGUUCCACGUGUGUUACUGACUUGUCUCUGUGCCAUUAAAAAAAAAAAAAGGAAAUCAGCCAAAUGGAAAACACCCUGAAGUCUGUUUUAGCUCCACAAAGCUCUGUUUUUAUCAGUGCUCCCUUUCUCGUCUUCUCUGAGCCUCAUUCUCUCACCAACUGCUGCCAAGCUGGCACUCACUCUGUCACAGUACACUGCUGAACAAUUUCAGAUGUAUGAAAACCAGUCCAGGCUGUUGGCUAAAGCACACACACACACACACACAUGCUUGUGCUCACAGAGGUUUUCGUAGACGGGGAAUGAGAAUGUGUGUGAAAGCAUUUUGUGCUCCUGGCCUCACUGUGUUUAUUGAGUCUCUACAGGACACAAACGGCAAAAUAAAUGAUUUCAAUCAUUAAUUGAAAAGUAAAAAAACCUAA